UCGCUACGAGAGAUCGUCCAACGAACGAAGGCACUUCGAGUGGAUCUAAUCGAAAUUUCUCUACUUGAAACGAUGAUACUUUGCCGAAAAGAAUUCGCCCUGAGUGCAAAGGAAACUCAACAACUGGAAAACACAUCCGAAACGGCUCUGAUCGCCCUCGGCCAUUACAGCAUGCAACAGAUAAACGCUGUUGCUUCUCCCCCACCUGCGCCCGCAAUGCUAUUCGGUUUCCAAAGUCUCAGACGAACCACCACCCCGAGGGAAUCACCCACACCGGAACCUUCACCACCCAACAGCAGUAGCAGCACGAGCCGGUCCGGCGGUUCUCUGGUGUCAACGUUUUUGCCCUUCUCCUGCUACCGCUUCGGAAAGCUUCUACUAGGAUUGAGAGGUUUAUCGAUGCACUGCUACGAGGCCUCGGUACGUGCAAUGUUCCGAGAGGUCGCCGGCGAUGGUUUAAUGGAGCACUUUGUAACCAAAUUAUAGAGGGCGAAAGGUUAAUGUUUAUGAGUG